CUCAAAUCUUCUUUAAUCUCACCAACAUAUUCCGGAGGAAGAGGAGAAGGUCAAGAUGUUUCCUCUGUGUGUUUUGCUCAUGUUGCUGUGUCUUCACUGUGGAAAUAUCUGCAGUGUAUUUGUGUCCUCACCUUUUCCAUCCUCCUCUUUUUCUAACUGUGCCAAGCAUCUCUGCCAUCUCUCUGCAUGAUUUUUUCUGUCUUGUACAACUUCUGUUUUUCUGUCCUCCAUUUCUUUUUGUCCAGCCAUUCAUGUAAUGCAGAUGGUGAACAUUCAGGUGGAGUUUGGGGAGCCUGCCAUCUUGCCCUGUAAUGGCUCGGCCUACUUAGACGAAAAACUGGAUCUGAAUGUCCAGUGGGAGGCGAUGGGGCAGGACGUGGCAAUUCUGAGUGAAGGAGGGCUAAGCGUGGGGGACCAAUUUGAAGGCCGUGUCCUGUUGCACUCAGAAGAGAAGCUCUGGGAAGGAGACUGGUCUGUGGUCCUCGAGCACACAAUUCUCAGUGACACUGACAUGUAUGAGUGCAUUUUGCAAGGAAGAAAAACCAUUUCGACAGUAUGGCUCGAAGUCGUGGCACCGCAUGUUGAGCGCUCGCAAGUGGUGUUUGAGGGGGCCACGGUGUAUCUACCAUGUUUUAUUCCGAUCUCCAGAAACCAGUCCCCCAAUGAUCUGCAGGUCUGGUGGACCAGGAAUGGCAGCACUAUAGAGUCAACAACAAAGGAGGCUUUGAUUCCUACCACUUUGGUGUAUAAUUCGGAUCGGGUUGCUUUGUUGGAUUACACUAAAGGAGAAUUGUAUCUUCAUAUAGACUCAACAGUUAUGAGUGACAAUGGAGAAUACAGCUGCUUGUAUAAAACCAGAGAUUCUGAUGAUCCCAAACCUGGGAUCCCAGAGAGCAUAAUACUGGUUGUGCUGGAAACAACCCCUGCAGAAUUUGUUUCCCACCCUGAUGAGACAGCCACAGCAGCCACAGCAACGGAGGACUGGCUCAAUACUACACAUGAGUUUGCGAUAACGUGGACAGAAGAGGUGACUGAUGUCGAAACCACCGAAUCCCCACUUAUACCUGUUUUCUUGGAAGAUUCCACACAGCCAAUAAAAGUAAUGACAGAGUCACAGCCAAUGGAAGCCUUUGAGGAGACGGUGACAUCAUUCCCGGAUGAAGAUCCCCCGGAGACAUCAACUGAGUCUUCCCAGUGGGACAAUCUCCCAUGGGUACGGAUUGUACUCAUCGCUGGAGUCCUGCUGGUCACAACGGUGGUCCUGUGUAUUCUGGGAGCUCGAGGGAAAAUCUGAAAGAUACAACAAGAUAGACGGAUUCUAACUUCUCCCAUUCAGCUGACCUACGCACUUGAAAGGGUUUGAGUCAGUUUCUCAGGAAGGAAGAAGAAGAAGAAGAAGGAGAAGGAGAAGAAGAAGAAGAAGCAGAAGAAGAAGGGGUUACAGUGACUGGGCUCACCAUUGGGCUCACCAAUCACUAGACCAUGAACUGAAUGUGGACAAUAUACAAGCUAUCAAUAAGUACACAUUUGGGACUCUGUAAAUGACUGACAGUAAAAGGACACAGUACUUGUAGGAAAGCAUAUGUCCAUCAGUAAGAGUGUUUGUUUGUGUGAAAAUAUUUAUUUAUUGUCUAUAUAGUGGUUCUGUUUGUUUGGUCCACUUUAAAUGGAUGCUCAGGAAUUUUAACAGGAAGCUAGGUGGCUUUGUGGAUGGGAUUUCAGGACCUUAAAACCUACCUUUGUUUUUCCAUGACACUGAGGCCAUGUUACUUAUGCUAUACAUAUAUAUGUGUGUUAUAUUCAACAGAAAAUAAA